CUAUGGUAGCCAGAGCCGCUAGCAGUCCAGGUCGCGCAGGGUUUCUGCAGGUCACUGGCGCGCGUGCAUCGGGCCCUCCCAUGGCUUCACAGGAGAGGGUGGAGACAGUGACCAAAGGAACGGGGUUCUCGGGCUGCCCCAAGCCAACCACUUACACCCCGGAGACCUGCGAGCUGCUCAGAGUGAUGAUGAAGGAAUCCAAACUGACCAACUUCCAGCAGCGCCACAUCAUGGACACCAUGAAAAGAGGAGACACUUUGCCUCUACAGUGCAGCCCAACAUCCAGCCAGAGGGUCUUCCCUUCCAAGCAGCCAGCCUCGCCCAUCUACCUGCCUCCCAUCCUGGCGGCCCACUCCCACCUGCGGCCCGCCAGCGUGUGCCGAGCCAACGGAGCCUACAGCCGGGAGCAGUUCAGGCCUCAAGCCACCCGAGAUCUGGAGAAGGAGAAGCGAAGACUCCAAAGUAUCCUUGCCACUGGGAAGGACCCAGAGGAGCGGAAAAGAAAGGCCCCUCCUGUGCCACAGGAGGACCCAGCCCCUGAGCUGGACCGGUUUGAAGAGUUGGUGAAGGAAAUCCAGGACAGGAGAGACUUCCUGGCUGACAUGGAGGCCCUGGGACAGGGCAAGCAGUACCGAGGAAUCAUCCUAGCAGAAAUCUCCCAGAAACUACGGGAGAUGGAAGACAUUGACCACAAGCGGAGUGAGAAACUUAGGAAGGCUCUUGCCACCUCUUAAUCUGCCUGCAGGGACAGGGGCAGGGUAGCCCAACCUUGAGUCCACCCCUUUGCCAAGAAGGCUCAUCCCCAGAUCAGCCCAGCCAUGUCAAAUGGUCACACAGCACUGCCCUGGCCCGCGGUUCCCCGGCGCAUACACAGCAGCCUAGCCCUGCCCACAGAGGUCAGCUGUUGGAGCCUCCGCGCUCCCAGUCACAGACACAGACUUCGAGUCUUUUCUAGGGGAAAGAGUCCCAUCCCAUCCACAGUGAAAGCGAAGCCCAAUCCCCCACCCCAGACGUGUGUCUAAAGGCACCCACCAGGCCCUCUUCCCGCCGCCUCCAGCCUGUGUGUCCUGCCCAUUUAGUUUUCUGAACUUAGGAAUGAUUUCAAUUCCUUUCUCCCAACCUGUCUCUAGAUCUACUUGACUUCUUACCACGUUUGGCAAAUGUUCAACCACGAUGAUUAACUGGCAAUAAACCACAU